AUGUUUCAGGCUGUUUUGAAAAUGCGGAGGUGUGGAAUAUGUGGAAAGAUGAUCGCAAAUAACGAGGCACCGCGGACCACUGAGAACAUGAAACGGAAUGCAAUCUGGUCAAUGUCUCUUUCAUUGGCCGGCCAAAUGAAUAAAGAAUGCGCACGUGCUUUAGCUGACUCGCUCACACAGAAGAGGCCAUCAGUAUGCCAUGUGCACUUAGUGCAUGCAGCUCAAUAUAUGUUGGCUGAAGUAGUGGUCGCAGGAAAACAGAUAUCUCAUUUCAAAGAUCCCAAGGCUUCUGGGCCCACCGCAUAUGUAUCGAACGGUGAUAUACCUGAAGGCCUAGUUUCUGCUAUGAACAGAAUGUUAGAAGGAAGCGUCCACAUUACAUCUCGUGAUGUUAGUAAAUUUAUUAAUUUCGCUCUCAAACGUUAUUACUCAACAGCAAUGUGGCCUGUUGCGCCAGAGGUUGAAGGUGAAGAUGUGACUGAGAUGAAGGAAAAUGGUAAGGAAUUCGCCUCCACUAAGAAGGGCUUAGCUUCUGAGGACGACGUCGAAAAACCAUGUUCUGUCUAUGCAGUGAGCAAAGACGACAUGGCACCUAACGACAUCACGGAAUGUUCUUCGACAGGAAAGUCGCUCCAGGAAGCGGGACACAGUGUCAUAAAAUUGAAGAGAUGUGUCAUUUGUGGAAAGAAGUUGGCAAUAGAAGAACUGAAGUCUUGGUCUUACAAGAAGAGCCAGAAUAUGAUCCUGCUAUUUUCCCUAUCAUUAGCCGGACAAAUUCAACCUAAUUGCGCACGAAGGAUUGCUGAGUCUCUGACAAAAACACAAAAAAUAUGCCAUGUACACGUCGUGCAAGCGGCUAAAUACAUGUUGACUGAAGUGGUGACGGCGGGAAACAAAAUUUCGCACUUCAAAGGUUCCAGUGCUUCAGAACGCACAGCAUAUGUUACCAAUGGAGAUAUCCCUCAGGAUCUUAUUUCUGUCUUGAAUAGUAUGGCAAAGGUCCAUGACGAGGAUGUGAUGCAGCUGGAUCAAGAUGAAAUGCCUGGUCUAAGUGAAGCAAAAGAAGGAUUGUCGACUGAGGGCGAUAACACAGCAGACAACUUGUACUAUUUCUGUAAAGAACCAGGACGAUUUGGUAUCCGAUGA